GCCCGCGGCCUGGCGCCGCGCUCCUGGCGCAGGGCGCUCUGCGGGGCCCGUUAGCGGUCGGAGCUGGCGUUUGUCACCCGCUGCCCAGCGUGGGCGCCCCGCCGGGUGUGAGCGCUCCCUCGGGUGCCCAUCUCUGACGGCGGAGAGCAGGAGCCGCGGCCGCACGGGCGUUCCGGCCGCCAAGGGACCCGUGUCUCUUUUCUGGGGGAUGGGGGAGCCUUCCGGGUCGUGCCAUGUUGAGAAAAGCAACAGUACUCAUGAGUAAGAGAAAGGAAGGAAGCGUUCUAACUCCUGGGUCUCAGAAAAGGCAGAGAAAAGAACACACAGCUAUACGUAGUGAUGAGUCUGAUGAAGAAGAAACUUUAGAAUUCUCAGCUAGUAGUGGUGCCCCUUCACAGGCGUCUGACAGUGAGGUUGGGAUAAUUGAAAGUAUCCAGCUGAAGAACUUCAUGUGCCAUUCAAAUCUGGGGCCUUUUCAGUUCGGAUCAAAUCUCAAUUUUGUUGUUGGAACCAAUGGAAGUGGAAAAAGUUCUGUAUUAACAGCACUAAUUGUUGGACUUGGUGGAAAAGCCACUGCAACUAACAGAUGUUCCUCAUUAAAAAUGUUUAUUCAAAAAGGAGAGACCUCUGCAGAUAUUUCCAUAACCUUGCGAAACCAAGGAAGAGAUGCUUAUAAACCAGAAUUGUAUGGUACCUCUAUUACUGUGAAUCAACACAUUAAUCAGGAUGGAAGCAGAACUUGCAAACUGAAAAGCAAAUCUGGGACCAUAAUUUCUUCAAAGAAAGAGGAACUCAUAGGAAUACUGGAUCACUUUAAUAUACAGGUAGAUAAUCCUGUGUCUGUUUUAACCCAAGAGAUGAGUAAACAGUUUCUACAGACCAAAAAUGAAGGGGACAAGUACAAGUUUUUUAUGAAGGCAACUCAGCUGGAACAAAUGAAAGAAGAUUAUUCAUUUAUUGGGAAAACUAAAAAAAAUACCCGUGUUCAGAUAGAACAAGGGGAAGAGCGUCUUGAAGAACUUAAGCAGCUUUAUUUGGAAAAGAAGGAAUCUUUCAAAAGCAUCACGUUUGUGAAUGACAUGCAAGCUCGUCUCAAAGAGUUGAAACAUCAAAUGGUGUGGGCAGUGGUGAGUGAGAUGGAAAAAGAAGUAGAGCUGCUCAAAGAAGGUGUCAGAGCUGAAGAAGGAAAUACGGAGCUCCUUCAGAAGGUCGAAGAAUGCCAGGAAAAAGUGAAUGAAGCAGAAAAAAAGUACAAAGCAAUACAAGACAAAUUGAUAACAGUAAGUGAAGAAGCACAAGGCCUUCAUCCUCAGUGUAUUUCUUUGAAGGCUGAAGUGCAGGCAAAAAGAAAAGCAGUCAAUGAAGCUGAGAUCAUUUAUAAUCGCUCCAAAACAGAGUUAAAACGUCUGGAAAAAGACAGGGAACAGCUCCAUAAGCAAAUUGAAGAACUGAAAAGCUGUGCUAAUCAGGUUUCAGAGCCUGAGAAAUUGGAAAGACAAAGGAGAAUUGCAUACUUAAGGGAACAGUUGAAGGCAUUCCAUGAUGAAGAAGUAAUGAUUGGUCAGCAGUUGGAUCAGUUUCAGCAGGCUAUAUCUAAAUGUAGGGAAGAUCAUUCUAGACUCAGGAGAGAAAGCAGUGAAGUGCAGCAAGCACUGGAUGCCCACCAGAAACAGCUGAGAGACCUGAAAGACAGUAAAACAAAUGCUUUGAAAAGAUUUGGACCAUAUGUACCAGCAUUUCUUGAAGCAGUUGAAGUAGCCCAUAAACAAGGACGAUUUAGAAAGAAACCUCUUGGACCUUUAGGUGCUUUGAUUCAUCCAAAAGAUCCUGAACUGAACUUGGCUAUUGAAUGCUGUUUAAAAAGCGCUCUUCAGGCAUUUUGCUGUGAUAAUCACAGCGAUGAAAGAACUCUUCAGUCACUGAUGUCAAAAUAUUAUCCACGUGGACAUAGACCUCAGAUAAUUGUACAUAAAUUUCAGAAUAAAAUUUAUGAUACUAGUCAGAGAGCUGUUCAUCAUCCAGAAUUCCCAACAGUUCUGACAGCAUUGGAAAUAGAAAAUCCAGUGGUUGCCAAUUGUUUGAUUGAUAUGAGGGGUAUAGAAACAGUCCUGCUGAUUAAAGAUAGCCGUAGGGCUCGUGAGGUAAUGCAGUGCAGUCGGCCCCCGAGAAACUGUAGAGAAGCUUUCACUGCUGCAGGUGAUCAAGUAUUUGAACGACGCUAUUACUCUUCCAGUUUUGUCAGACCCAAGUUCCUAAGUCAAGAUGUUGAGGCAGAAAUCAGUCACUUGAAUAAGGAAAUUGAAAACAAACGGGCACAGUUGACAGCCUCUCAACAACGCUUACAUUCCAUUGAAAAUGAGAUCAGGCAGAAUGAAGAUCAUCUCUAUGGUCAUCGGCGACACCAAAAACAGCUACAGGCAAAAAUAAAAACAGCAAAUGCAGAGAUAGCAGAUCUUGAAAACGUGGAAGAGCACCAGACAGCGGACAUCCAUAUAUUACAAGAAGAAGCUGAAGAAAAUAAGGGUAGAAUAGAAUCUGUGAAACAAGACAUGCAGCUACAAAGCAGAGAAAUGGAAGAACUGAAAAAUAAUCUCCAAGCAGCUGAAAAAAAAUUAGAAGAGGUGAAAGAAAAAAUUCAUCAAGUGGAAGAAAUUGCUGGCCCAAUUAAGGCUGAAUUAAACCAGGCUGAGUCAGAAGUGGAAAACAGUAAACGCCAUUUGCAGCACUAUGAGGAGAAACAGAGAGAACACGUGGCUUGCAUAAAUAAGCACAAAAAUUUACUAGUUUCCAAAGAAAAGGAAUUAGAGGAAAAAACAGCAAAAGCAAGGCAAAUCUUCUCAGAGCCCAUCAGGGUCAGCAGAACUGUUAAAAGUCUUGAUGCAGAAAUGAAUCGCUUGAGAGAGAAGAUAAAUUUAGAAAGCAGUCGCCAUGGAAACAGAGAAGAAAUAAUCCAGCAGUUUCAGCAUGCAAAGGAAAGGUACGAAGAUGCAAGCAAUACAGUAAAGAACUUACGGAGAUUUAUUGGGUUGCUGGAUGCAGUGAUGGUAGAGAGGCUCAAAAUGUAUCGGCAGUUCUUAAAGACUCUUUCUAUGCGAUGCAGACUCCACUUUGAGCAUUUAUUACGUGUUCGAGGUUGCUCUGGACAUAUAAAGUUUGAUCACAAGAAUGAGACACUUUCCAUAACAGUUCAGCCUCGAGAGGAAGAAAGAGCUGCCCGUAGUGAUCUGAGAUCCUUAUCAGGAGGUGAACGUUCCUUCUCCACAGUUUGUUUUAUUCUUUCUCUGUGGAACAUUUCUGAAUCUCCUUUCAGAUGCAUGGAUGAAUUUGAUGUCUACAUGGAUAUGGUUAACAGAAGAAUUGCCAUCGACAUGAUUCUGGAGAGGGCUGAUUUUCAGCCCUAUCGACAGUUCAUUUUGUUCACCCCCCUGAGCAUGAGUUCUCUGCCUACGAGUCCCCAUAUUCACAUCCUCCGUAUGCCAGACCCUCCAAGAGACCAAAGAGCACUGACUUUCCAAAAUAGGAAUAACAGAGAUGAAGAUCAAUAAGUAUCUCUGAACUUGAAAUUUUUGGCAACUCUUCAAAAAACCCCCAGUUUUUAGAGUUCAGCUGCAUUUCUUUUUUGUUGUUGUUUUUGGGGAUUGUUUGUUGUUUUUGAUGUUACAUGGUUACAGGAGCCAUUGAGACUACUCAGAGAACAACAUUCAACAGUUUCUGCACUUUUUACUAAAUAGCAGUUCCUCAAUAAAACCUUAUUACAGUGUAAGUUUUGACUUGACUUGGUAGCGUAAUUUGUUUUCAGUCACAGUACAGUAUUAAACUUGUAGGUUUCUUUAAAAUAUGGAAGCUAGGUAGGAAAUCCACCUUAGAGAAUCAUGGAUCCAUAAAAAAUGCUGAUUUGUAAGGCACCCACCAGCUGACUUCUGGCAAGUUGAAGUCCUGCAUAAGGGGAAGGGCAGUUGAGCUGGAAGUGUCCUUAGUUCCUCAGAGAGCAUUCCUCAGUGUCAUCAUCCUGGCCCAGAGGUCUAUAGGAGACUUCCAAGAUGACACUGCAUUAUUUGUAUGUCCCUUGAUUCUUACUUAGAGGCUUUCAGCUGUGCCAUUUCCAACUGUAGGCUCCAUCCCUGACUUACAGUGCCACCCUGGCCACUGCUGCCCUGCCCAUCCCUCCUGAAGAGCCUGUAACCAUGCAACAGGGCACUCCAGUCACAGGACUAAGCCCACAGUUUCAGGGAUGCCAGUGAUACCAGAUGUCUGGGAUUGGGCCAAAGGCUUGAGAUGGUCUUGUUCCUCAUGCUGUGUGCAUUAGCAUAGAAACAUUUCAGCUGUGGUGCUUUCUAGCCAACAAACCUGAAGGAGGUGGAGGGAUCCCAGUAGUUUUCUCAAGUUCUUACUGAGAAACCACUCCAUUCCAUUACUCCCCACUGGCAAGCCUGGUUUUGUCUGUCCUCCUUCCAAGCUGGUUUAAAUUUCUGUCAAUGAGCCCUGCUGGUUCCUGUGCUAGAGCUUUUCCCCUCCCUGAGAUAGGUACAUCUCAUCAGGUGUCAGUAGAGCAGGUGUUCAAUAGAUCGUCCCAUGGUAAAAAACCAAAUUUUUUUGCUUACACCAGCCUUGGAGCCGUGUGUUGACCUGGUGGAUCUGCCUAUUGCUGUCAAAUCUUAUUCCUUGUUAACAAAAGGAUUAUGGAAACUACGUGUGCUUCUGAUCCUUCAGCCUUCAAUUCAAGCCCUGAAGUCUCUUUUGAUUGUCCUUAGAAUUCUCUUUUUUUUUUGUCACUGCUGGCUUGAAUGACCAAUAGUGGAUAGUGACCAGAGGGCCUUACUAGACUGGAGAGUUUUCCAGUAAUUUCUCUUAUCCAUGCCCCUGGGAGCCAGCAGAAUUCACCAUAAGUUGGGUCUGGUAUGCAUGUCAGGCCCUCCCUCACCUCCCUCAGAGGGAGUUUCCUAUUACUGCUGCCCUUCUUUUGCUGUUAUCAGAGGAGGUCUUGAUGCAGGGUACAGGAGAUGUUGCUUCAGGAGGCCCCUCUGUCCCAGUAGAACCUUCGCCUACCUCAUUGUCUGGCCUUGUUCCAGAGCUCAUACCUGUUGUAGAAGGUUCCAAUCCUACUUGUUUUCAGGAGGAGGAGGAACCUCCUCCCAGUAUGUGGAGUGACCUGCUUCCAGCCUUCAUCUUGAGCAGACCCUUGAAUAAAACACCCUUGACUAAUUACCCUGCAGGGUUCUGAGUCCACCUGCUUCUCCACUACAAUGGAGGUUUGAGACUCCUGGGAGUCUUGAUACUGUGGCAUCUCUGUAAAUAACUUACCUGCUGCUUGCUCACUGAAACGCCACAUAGCCUGUUCACUUCCUCCUGAAGCCCCUCCACCUGGCAACAGCUCCUCAAGCACAGCACACCCUCUCCAAAAUAACUUUUUGUCAGCCCCAGCCUCUCAGAGAGGCAUCAGGCACCCCUGUGACCUGCACAGCCACCUCUGCCCUCAGCACUGCCUGCUGUCCAGAGGCCUCUGGCACAGCUUCAGUGAUCCACCAGCUGCAGGGGAGCAAGCUCUACACGGAGUCAUCCAUAACUGGGGAAGCUUCCACUGUUACACAGAUACAGCUGGGGCUGAAGGGAGCUUUUUGUGCUCUUUUCACCAGGCCCUGAGGCUGUUUGCCUCUCCUGGCAGACUUCAGACAGCCCAGGGUAAUGGGCAGACUCCCGGCACUGGGCACUGUGAGGAGGUUACUGACAAACAGGACCAGGCUUUGUUAAUGUGCAUGCUGCAGGAGACAGCAGCCAUGGAUUGAAGUGGGGAGGUUCUGGCUGAGCAAACCAGGAGGGAUUGUUCCUGAUGAAGGUAAGAGGCAUUUGAGCAUGUUACACAAGCAGGCUGUGAAAUCUCUGUCCUUGGAAGUUUUUGGAGUCUAUUGAAUAGACUCCUGUAUCUCCUUCAAGCAGGGAGCUGGGAAAGAGAUCUAUGAAGGUCCUUGCCCAUAUGAACAAUUCUAUAAUUCCAUAAUUCAAGGUACUUACACCUUUAGGACUACGUGAAGUGCAUGCUUGGCAAAACUUGUCUGGAACCAGCAGGUUGAGGGAGGUGAUUCUACUACUCUGCUGUUGUGACAUCCUGGAGUACUGCCCCCAGGUCUGGGGUCCUCGGCAUUGGAAGAGCACGGACCUGUUAGAGCAGGAUCAGAGGAGGCCACAAAGAUGCUCAGAGGGCUGGAGAACCUCUGCUAUGGAGACAAAUGAGAUUUUCAUCUAUGAAGUCCAGAGACGGCUCCAGAAAGACAUCGUGGCACCUUCCAGUGCUUAAAGGGGCUAUAAGAGAACUGGAGAAGGACUUUUUACAAGGGCCUGUUGUGCAGGACAAGGGAGAGUGGCUUUAAAGUGAAAGAUAGUAGAUUUAGAUUAGAUAUUAAGAAUAAAUUAUUGUGAGGGUGAUAAGGCACUGGAAUAGGUUAUUCCAAGUAGUUGUGCACACCCCAUCUCUAGAAGUGCUCAAGAUCAGGCUGGAUGGGGCCCUGAGCAACCUCUUUUAGUGCAAGAUGUGCCUGCAGGGAGUUGGAACUGAAUAAUCUUUAAGGUCCCUUUCAACCCAAGCAAUUCUUUGAUUCUAGGACAUGAUCAUGAGCCACAUGUGGAGCUUGACUUGAUUUUAUGAUUCAAUUGGGGUAGGUUUCAGACCUUUUUACUGUAUGAGAUAAAUGGCAUUGCAUUAUUUCCUCCUGAUUCUCUUCAGUAUCCAAAAAAAAAAAAAGGCAAAAGUGCAGAGGCAGGAAAGAGUAAAGCAUUUAUCUUCAUUAGUCUUCUAUAAUGAGUUGUGUGGAAAAAAGAGAUUAAGGAAAAUUAAUUAAUUCCUACAGAGCUAACACCAGCUUUCUCCCAAGCUUUUAUAGACUUACUUGAAAUAUUGGAGGAGCUGGCAACAAUUCUGGUCUUUCUUUCAAAUCAGUACUUUGUAUUUAUUCUACUCUACCCCUGUACUUGAUGAAGAUGUGUUCUUGACUGUAUAAUUAUUAUAAGCAUAUUUUCAUGGUAGAGAAUGAAUUCUGAAUAAACAAUUACUGAAGCCCUUGCAUGGACGCACUUAUUUUUGCAGUGAUCCUACUAAGGUCUCCAACCUAUCAUAUUCUUGGUUUUUUAAAUACAUAGUUUACUAUAGUGGCUACCUAGAGAGAAGAUUGCAGUGCUGAUGUUACAUUUUUGAGUUUGACUGUGUUUAUGAGUUGUUGGCCAUUUUAAAUGGCAGUGCAUCUUAAUGCUGCACUAAAGUAAAUGGAGCCUGUCUAGCUACAUAAAUUCAAUGUGCAGGGAAACAGAAUGAGAAAUUGCUUCUCAUGUAUGUAAACUAGAGGAAUAAAAUCUGAGAAGUAUUCAAUGUGAGCAUAUAAUUCUCAGAAACAUGUAGUUUCUAGAAUGUGUAUUUUAAGUUAUGGCCAAACGCAUGAAGUGUACUUCUCCCUAAUUUGCUAAGACUAUUAUAUGUGUAGUCUGUAGUAAAAUUCUAGUGUAAAAAUUGUAGUUGACAUUUGUGCUUUUGCUGUUUGGAAUACAAAGCAACCCAAAAAUGACAGUAUGGCUGUGGUUGUGGCAGCCAUCAAUUCUGUGAUCCCCCCACAACAACUCUUAGCAAGUUGUGUAACACUGCUUUUUGUUGCUUGUUUCCUUUUCCCUUUAAGAUAAGCUUUGCUUUUUAAAUUUGAAAUACAGAGAAUUAUUUGGUUUGUGCCAUGUUUUAUUGUUUAAUUUUUAGCUAUUAAAAGUAAGGUCCUGUUUCUUCAUAAGGUAAGGAAGAAAUAUCAAACAUGCAAUUAUAAGGUGUUCAGAUUGCUUUUUUUUUCUUUUAAUCCAGCAAGCAACCAACUGUUUAAAGCAUCAGGGAAAUGGGGCAUAUAGAGUUUUUUCAUUUGCAGUUUCUGCAGUCUGGUAGUUCAUUCUUUCCCAAGGCUGUGCAGAGUUUGUCACAGGAUAGAGAGAAACUUGAUUUGUGCACACAGAAUUGGAAGAGGAAGUUGGUUCGUCUCACUAUCACUCCUUUAUCAUCAUACUUCAUGGUUAAUUUAUCAGUAGUGAUUUUUAACAUCAUGUCUGUUUAUAUUAAACACAGAGUAGUUUAGUAUCAGAUGGUAAGAGGAAAGUCUCUUACUUCAGGAAGGAAAAAAUAUUAAAAACAAGGUUUAGGGUGAGCAAAUAAACUGUAUUUCACUUACACCGCUUAAAAAUCAGCACAGGUUUAGUAGCUGCGCUGGUAAAUCUUAGCAGUAGCAUCUUAGAGCAUCAACAGCUGCUCCAGCCUUAAAUACAAGAACUACAAGUUUUGGUUUUGUAUAAUAUGACUCUUCUAGUGAGUGAGUGUAAAGUAGUUUUCUUCAUGCUUCAAUAAUGAAAUACAUAUUUCCCAGUGUGCAGUGACAGAUAAUUAAAGAGAUUGAACUUUUUCUUUUUUUAUUACCAUGCUGAAGACAUGAAAUAAGAAUUAGGGGAAAAGGUCAAAUGUUAUAAAUUUAUUUUGGGACAUAUAUAUUGCAACCUCUGUGGAAGCUUUUGAAAAUUCUGGCAAAGAUCAAUACACUUCCAAUAAAACCUUUAAACUUGCAAUAAAACAAUAUUUUAAACAUUAUAUAUAUAUAUAUUUAUAUAUAUUCUUAAUUAAAGGGUUAAUUUUAGCAGGAUUUUCUUUUUUUUUUUUUUUAAUAUACUGCAUUCCUCUGACAUAGCUCUUUCCAUAUUGAAGGGAUGCAAAUGAGG